AUGAGGUUCACGUUCCCUCUCAUGGCCAUUGGCCUGGAAGUUGCCAUGAUUGUUUUAUUUGGAUUAUUUGUUCAGUAUGAAACGGAUCAGAACGUUUCCCAGCAGCCCAACAGCACCAAGUCACCUACCGUGGAUGUGGACAGAUACCUUGACCUGUAUCCUCUCUUCCAAGAUGUGCAUGUUAUGGUAUUUGCUGGGUUUGGCUUCCUCAUGACCUUCUUGAGAAAAUAUGGCUUCAGCAGUAUGGGCAUCAACCUACUCAUUGCUGCUCUGGGCCUCCAGUGGGGCACUAUUGCACAGGGGAUCCUGCAGAGCCAUGGAGAGAAAUUCCACAUUGAAAUCAAAAACAUGAUAAAUGCAGACUUCAGUACAGCCGCAGUUCUGAUUUCUUUUGGAGCUGUCCUGGGAAAAACAAGUCCAAUCCAAAUGCUGACCAUGACAAUUUUAGAAACUGCUGUCUUUGCUGUCAAUGAACAUCUGGUUGUCGAGGUAUUUGGGGCCUCUGAUAUUGGAGCAUCAAUGACCAUCCAUGCCUUUGGGGCCUACUUUGGUUUGGCUGUAGCAGGCAUCUUGUAUCGAUCAAGCCUGAAAGAAGGGCAUCGCAAUGAAGAGUCUGUGUACCACUCGGACUUGUUUGCAAUGAUUGGGACUCUUUUUUUAUGGGUAUUUUGGCCCAGCUUUAAUUCGGCCAUUGCUGAUGCUGGAAAGAACCAGUACCUGGCCAUCGUAAACACAUACUUCUCUCUUGCCGCCUGCGUGGUUACAGCCUAUGCAUGCUCCAGCCUUCUUGAGAGCCGAGGCAAGCUCCAUAUGGUUCACAUUCAGAAUGCAACCCUUGCUGGAGGAGUGGCUAUAGGCACUACUGCAGACAUGGCAAAUACCCCAUACUAUGCUAUGAUCAUUGGGAGCAUUGCAGGAGUGGUCUGCGUGUUUGGGUUCAAGUUUCUGACUCCAUUUUUCACUACUAAACUGAGGAUCCACGAUACGUGUGGGGUCCAUAACCUACAUGCCUUACCUGGUGUGAUAGGAGGCCUCGCCAGCAUUGUGUUCAUAGCCUUGGAGACAGCUGACACGUCUGCCAUGGCCAUGCAGGCAGCUGCGCUAGGUUCUUCCAUCGGAACAGCACUUGUUGGAGGGCUAGUCACAGGUUUGAUUCUAAAGAUACCUAUCUGGGGACAACCAGCUGACCAGGACUGCUAUGAUGAUUCUGUUUAUUGGGAGGUCCCUAGGAGGACAGAACUGGACGUGUUCAGUCGUUUCCAUGAACAUGGCAACCACAACCAGUUAGAACCUGAAGCCUAAAAACCAUUCCUGUGCCUCCGCCUCUUUUCCCAUUGCCUAGACUUGAAAUAAAAUGGCAGCAUCCAGUGAGAAUAUGGACCAGAAUGGAUAGAUCCUGAGCCUCAAAUGUCCAGUGUGAAAAUGUUUUAACAUAAUCUGGUGCUGUCUCUUGGCAUCAAUGAUCGUUUAGUUGAAGAAGUGUGACAUACAACAGAUGGUCAAAUGGAUUCUAUUCAGGACUCCCAGAUUACUCUUGCCAGUGGGUAGGUACAGGGUGAACAUUCCAUGUAUUUUCUUGUAUCUUUUUUUUUUCCACAUAGAGGAAAAUUUACAAAGAAACCAACAUUUUCUAAUCAUGUCUUAAUGUACGUACUAUGUCUUCAAUCCCAAAGAUUAUAAAACCGAAGCCAAUGAAACAAUAAUUUAUGUAAGAAAUCUAUAUAAGAAAUAAGAAAGAAACGUAUGUAUGUAAAGCAGUAAUAUGAUUGUUUUUUGACUGAGCUCUCUUGAUUCUAAAAAUGGUCUAGUUAGUAAUGUUAUGUCUUUGUUUUGUCGGCUAAAAAAAAAUGCACAACCUAAAAGUUGAGAAUCGUGUUCUAUUUCGUAGACUUUCUGAGGACAUAAGCCCGGGAGACAGCCUCUCAGAGAGUUCUGAGGGACUGCUCGGAAGAGGUAAGGGAGGAACCAGGAUAUACAGGAGUUUUGCAACAAAGACCAAGUAGUCAGAACAUCAAAAGAUUACUGUUAAUUAAAGACAACCAGACAUCUCAAGUUAAUGAAUUUGGCACUUUUCUAUGUACGGGAAGAUGCAAGAGUCUGGGCUGCGCACCUCAGCUAUCUGGGGCCAGUAGCCUGUGGGCAUCCUGCUGUUUGCAUCCUGAGCUCCUUCAGGGCUCACCCUCAAGAAAGGGGUAGUGGCUAAUGGCUGCAACAUCCUUUGUUUACUGAUAUGGCAGGCGACAUGUUUCAUUCACAGUUUGAAUAUUCUUUUGCUUAACUUCCUUUGCAUGUUUACUAUUUGCAAUAAGAGCUCAAAUGCUAUCUGACCAAUGUCUGUUUUGUAUAAGAUUUCAGUGGAUUAAAUCUUAUUAUACAAUAAAUCAUUUGGUGGUUAGAAUUCAUUUUAGUAACAAACACACACAUUAUACACACAUACACACACAUUCCUCAUACUUAGUCCAUACUCAGUUCAAAUAAGUUGUUACUAUGUAUUCACUACCAAAAAAAUCAAGUUAAUGUCUCAUGUUAUAGGGUACGUUUUGAAGAACUCAGUUUUAGAAA